CAGAAACUUGUAUUUAUAUGGAAGAAAAACCUAAUCAAUGGUCUUCUUCAAAUUGUGCUGCCGCUGCUUAAUCGUCGGUAGUCGCUCAUUUAAGGUGUGAAAUCAAUAGCAACUCGUUGGAGCAAUGGGUAAGGUGCACGGAUCUCUGGCUCGUGCUGGUAAGGUGAGAGGCCAAACUCCUAAAGUUGCAAAGCAAGACAAGAAGAAGAAGCCUCGCGGCCGCGCCCACAAGAGGAUGCAGUACAAUCGCCGCUUUGUCACUGCCGUUGUCGGUUUCGGCAAGAAGAGGGGACCUAACUCAUCGGAAAAGUGAUCAAUUACUCCGGUGAUGGUUUUUUUUUUUAUAAAUUUUUGUCGGGUUGUACUAGAAAUUAUUAGUUAAAGCUUUCAUCUUUCUCAUGUGAACCCUUUCAUUCUUGUUAUGGAUCAAAAUAUCGACGUCCUCUAUUGAAUUCAGUUUACAUGUGUUUCGCAUA